CAAAGGUCCUAUAGCCCACAGGCACGUUAUCUAUCGUUUCUGCAUCAAGAUGACGGCUGUCUACCUCAACAAACCAUCAAGGGUAGACAAGGACAGAAAGGAGAUGAUCAAGAGUAUAUUAAACCUCACUCUGGAAAUCAUCUACCAGCUGACCGGAGAGUUACCUAUCAUGGAGGUGCCUUAUCACUCAGCGAUAAAUGAGGACAAUGGUCAGAAGAUCUUAGAACUCUCCAACCGGAUCAUUGAGCUGCUGACUAGAGAGGUUCCUAUAAGGUGUCAGGAUGUCACUGUCCAUUUCUCCAUGGAGGAGUGGGAGUAUUUAGAAGGACACAAGGAUCUGUACAAGCAUGUCAUGGUGCAGGACCACCAGCAUUUCACAUUACCCGACAGAUCCAAUAAGAGUAAUCCACCAGAGAGAUGUCCCAGUCUCGUGUAUUUCCAGGACUAUCCAGAGAAAAGUCAUAAUUGCCCACAGAAUUCUCAGGGUGAAAAACUGAUUGAUCUUAAUGCUGACGUUACGGGGAAAGAAGAAAAGAUGGUAAAGAGGGGACAUUAUCAACAUAAUGAAGAAAAAAAUCCUAAAGAGAGCAUUUCAGAUCGCUACAGCAGUGAAGUGACGGAUAUCAUGGAGGAUUCUCCAGGAGAAAAUACUGUUAAACAAAUAUUUAAUCCAAGACACAAUAGCAGAGAUUUGUUUCCUCAAAUAUCAGAUAUAACUACAGAACACAAUGAGCCUGAAUUACUAAGAUCAGACUUGGAGAAACAUUUUACACAGGAAGCUCAUGUUCUUAUUCAGAGGACACUGGCAGACAUUGCUUUACUCCAGUCUUCUGAAUGUAGGAAAACUGGUUCUUUUAAUCAUCUGGUGAUUCAUAAAGCUGUGAAGAAAUGUUCAUGUUCACUAUGUAGCAAACCAUUUUACCAGAAAUCACAUCAGAGAAUUCAUAAAGUUUACACAGAAAAGAUACAGUUUACAUGCUCCACAUGUGGCAAAUGUUUUUUCCACAAACCGGUGCUUAUUAAGCACCAGAAAUUUCACAAAGGAGAGAAGCUGUUUUCAAGUAGCAAACAUGGAAAAGAGUUUACUGACAAAUCAAGACUAAUUCACCUUCAGAGAAGUCUCAUUAAAAAGAAGCUGUUUUCAUGUUCAGAAUGUGGUAAAUGUAAAAAAUCUAAAUUAAUUGAGCACCAAAAACUUCACUUGAGAGAGAAGUCAUUUGCAUGUUUAGACUGUGAGAAAUGUUUCACCAAGAAGUUAGAUCUUGUUAAACAUAAGAGAAGACACGCAGGUCAGAAGCCUUGUUCAUGUUCAGAAUGUGGAGAACAUUUUACUGAGAAGUCAAAACUAGUCCACCAUCAGAUAAGUCACAAAGUGGAGAAUCAGCUGUCAUGUUUGGAGUGCAGGAAAUGUAUUAGACAAAAAUCUGACCUUGUUGAACAUCAGAAAAGUCACUCAGAGGAGAAACCAUAUUCAUGUUCGGAAUGCGGGAAAGGUUUUGCCCAGAAAGCAGGUCUCAUUGCACAUCUAACAAUUCACACAGGGGAAAAGAUCUUUAAAUGUCUUGAAUGUAAGAAAAGUUUUUCCCAGAAAGCAGGCCUUAUCGCACAUCAAAGAACUCACACUGGAGAGAAACCGUAUUCAUGUUCGGAAUGUGAGAAAAGUUUUACCCAGAAAGCAGGCCUCAGUGCACAUCAAAGAACUCAUACUGGCGAGAAACCAUUUUUAUGUUUCGAAUGUGGUAAAGAUUUUGCUCAGAAAGCAGGCCUUAUAACACAUCUAAGAACUCAUACUGGGGAGAAACCAUUUUCAUGUCUGGAAUGUGGGAAAGAUUUUUCCCAGAAAGCAGGCCUUAUUAAGCAUCUAAGAACUCAUCCAGGGGAAUAGUCAUUUUCAUCUUCAGAGGGUGACCAUAAGAUAAUAUAGACUGAUGUGAAUAGUUGCACGAUCCUGUGUAGGUGCACCUAAAAAGGUUUCAUGUGUUUCAUUUAGUGGCAAAAUCUACAUUCGACUUGUAUGUUAUACCCAGAAUAGAUCAUUCUAAAAUACAUAAUAUCUAAAGUAACACAUUUUCUGUAAUCUUUACCAUAAAAUAUAUAGGAAUUCGGUAUAUGUUUUGAUUAUUCAGGUCUGGACUCAUGUAGUUAAACAUCAGAAAAUUGUCUUAGGCCCCCUUUUUGCAGGAAGAAUGUGGUGUGGAUUCCCUGUCAAAAAACCAACAGGCGGGUGGGAUUCUGCCUCCCUUUGUUUUCAACUGAAGGUUGUGGUUUAUGGCUGUGACUGUCCAAAAACAGACAUCCAUUCUUAAUGUGAUUGCCACAAUAAAUUGUGGCCCCAUCAGCAGCAGUUUGGACUCCCAUUGAAAACAAUGGCAGGCAGACCCUGUGUUGCUGCUGGCGGCCUUUUAGCACAGAAUCCACAACAAAUUCCACUGAAAGCUAAAAAAGCUGCUGUGUGAACAUCCCCUUGCAACAGAAUCCCGCCAUAUGUGGAUCCGCAUGAGAUCCAGAUAUUACAUGUCAUCACACAAAGGAGGUCUUUUCUUUUUUGCCAUUGCUUUGUAGGGCUUUUAUUAACUGCCAAAGAAACUCAAUUUACCUCGGAAACCCCUAGGGCACUGUUUCUCAAUAUUUCUAAGGGUACUUUCACACUAGCGUUAUUAUUUUCCGAUAUAGAAAUCCGGUAAAGGGUCUCAAUACCGGAAAAGAACGCAUCCGUUUUGUCCUAAUGCAUUCUGAAUGGAAAGCAAUCCGUUCUUUUUUCGGCCAAAAUACCGGAACAAUGCUGCACUUGCCAGAUCCGUCAUUACUUUCUAUUGAGAUGUAUUAAUGCCGGAUCCAGUACCAAGUGUUCCGGAAAUAGCCGCGUCGCCGAAUCUAGUUUUCCGGUAUGCGCUGGUGCUGGGAUAUAGAAGGAGCUGGUUUCGCAGCUUCCUAUUUGCUUCUUUGCUCCAGCCUACGAGGGAGAAGGCAGGACGCCAUUGAAGGUGAGUAUAAAGUUCUUUUUUUAAUUUAUUUUUUGUGCAACAAUAGAAAAAUAAAAUAUAAGCAGCUCCUAUGUACUUAUACAUAGGAGCUGUAUGUUAUA